AUGCUGUCAGAUUCUAAUUCCUUCAUGAUGGAAGAUCAACAAAUGCCUCCUUCUUCGUCAUCUUCUUCUGCUUCUUCUUCCCCUGCUCCUUCCUCUCCACUUUCACCUCAUCAUACAGCAACUUUUGAAACAAACAUGCUUGAUGAAUAUGGAAGCAGUAUCAAUCACCCUUCUAAGCCACUUAACACAACAAAUACAGCAACAACAACACUAAAUAAUGCAUCCAACAAUAAUAUAGAACACAUGAGAUCAGCUGGCAAUGAUGAUUCUUUACCACCUAUUGCUUCCAUACCACCAAACAAUUCAACUUCUCGUGUUGUUAAUGUUGGGCCAAUUAUGAAUGCAAUUCAAGCUUAUAGUGGUAAUAAUGGUAAUAGUACACUUGUUGAUAAUGUAAAUGUCAGAAUAUCCUCCGCCUCAUCUUCAUGUUCAACCAUUUCAGAUCAUUCUAUGAAUAAUACAAUGAUUAAUGGACAAGCACCAAAACCACUUAAUGAUUUUGAAAAUGUAUUUGCUAGUUUCAAGAAGAGAAAUAGAGAACAAUACGAAAAUAAUAAUCAAUCCUCGUCAUCAUCUGAUCCAGUUUCAUAUAUUAGAGAUUUGGAAGAUAAAAUUGAUUUUAUGGCACAAUUAGUCACUAUUCAAUCUGCCAAAAUGAGAAAGAUGGAAAUGAGAUUGAAAAAAUUGGAAAACUUACUUCCUCAAUCAGGGGAUGAAUUUGUAAAUUCAGGCAAUCUUCAUCGUAUGCCACAUAGUGAUGAGUUAUCAUCAAUUAGUGAUGAUAUACCAACAUUUUCAGCACCAAAGAAGGAAAAGGGUAAUAGACAACCUAAUGCCUAUAAUAUUUUCAUGAAGGGAGAAAUUCAACGUAUUCGAACAACUCACACAGAAUUAACACAAAAACAGGCAUUUAAACUUGCUGCCAAUAAUUGGACUUUGAAGAAAUCUGAAAUCCUUGGAGCUUCAAAUGGUUCACAGAAAAAACCAGACGACAGAACUAGCACAGUAAGCACACCUAGUGAUACUACCAUGGCAGAUUCACUUUCUGAAACACCACUCAAUCAACUUGACGAAAAGUAA